AUGUUUGGUGUUUCAAUCUCCAUUUUCAUUCUUCUUACUCCAUCCCUUGUAUUCUCGUCUUCGAUUCACGACCCAGAACUUGUCGUGCAAGACGUGCAUAGGAGCAUCAAUGCAUCAAGGAGGAGCCUAAGCUAUCUCUCUUGUGGAACUGGCAAUCCUAUUGAUGAUUGCUGGCGUUGCGACGCCAAUUGGGAGAAUAAUCGCCAGCGUUUAGCUGAUUGCGCCAUUGGAUUCGGCAAGGAUGCAGUUGGUGGCCGAGAUGGGCGUAUAUACGUAGUAACAGACUCUGGCGAUGAUAAUCCUGUGAAUCCUCUACCAGGUACACUUAGACAUGCUGUGAUACAAAAUGAGCCUUUAUGGAUCAUUUUCAAAAGAGACAUGGUGAUUCAGCUCAAACAAGAACUUGUAAUGAACAAGUUCAAGACCAUUGAUGGCCGGGGUGCCAGCGUUCACAUUUCCGGUGGGCCGUGCAUAAAAAUUCACUACACAAGUAACAUUAUUAUACAUGGGAUUCAUAUACAUGACUGUAAAAGGGGAAGUGCUGCUAUUAUAAGAGACUCACCUCAACAUAUGGGACACUGGGAAGCGUCGGAUGGAGAUGGGGUGGCCAUUCUCGGAAGUAGCCAUAUUUGGGUCGAUCAUUGCUCCCUGUCGAAUUGCCAGGAUGGGCUCAUUGAUGCCAUUCAUGGAUCUACAGCCAUAACUAUAUCGAAUAAUUACUUUACUCAUCAUGAUAAGGUCAUGCUCUUGGGACAUAGUGAUGCUUAUACACAGGACAAGAAUAUGCAAGUGACCGUUGCUUUUAAUCAUUUUGGAGAAGGUCUCGUCCAAAGAAUGCCCAGGUGUAGACAUGGAUAUUUCCAUGUGGUUAACAAUGACUAUACUCACUGGGAAAUGUAUGCCAUUGGUGGAAGUGCCUCUCCUACCAUCAAUAGCCAAGGAAACAGAUUUCUUGCACCUAGUGAAAGUUUCAGAAAAGAGGUAACAAAGCAUGAGGAUGCGCCGGAAAGUGAAUGGAGUCACUGGAAUUGGAGGUCGGAAGGCGACUUGAUGUUGAACGGUGCCUAUUUCCGGCAGUCCGGGGCCGGAGCCUCAUCGUCCACGUACGCCCGAGCAUCGAGUUUAGGCGCUAGACCAUCUUCCCUCGUGGGUUCCAUCACCACUAAUGCAGGUGCACUUAACUGCAGAAGGAGCACUCGCUGUUAG